UGCGCAGGCGCAGCGGCCGGGCGUCCUCUGUAGGGCGAAUAGUCUCAGCAGGCUAGACGCGGGCCAGCGGAGACCGGUAGUGCGUCCUCCUUACACCGCUGCCAUGCCGGACCCUUACGACAAGGAUGUGUACCCUGAACCCCCACGCCGCACGCCAGCGUCCUCGCCGCAGACGUCGCUCCCUAACCCCAUCACGUACUUGACCAAGGCCUUCGACCUCCUCGUGGAUCGGCCUGUGACCCUCAUUAGAGAUUUUAUAGAGCAGCAGCAUGCCAAGAACAGAUACUAUUACUAUCACCGGGAGUACCGCCGUGUACCAGACAUUACAGAAUGCCAGGAGAAUGAUGUCCCGUGCAUGUUUGAAGCUGAAAUGCAAUGGAGACGCGACUACCUAGUUGACCAACAAAUUCUCAGUAUCAUCCAAGAGAGGCUUAAGGCCUGUCAGCAGAGAGAAGGAGAGAACUACCAGCAGAAUUGCGCCAAGGAGCUUCAACAGUUAGCCCAAGUGUCCAAGGCCUACCAGGACCGCUAUAAUGACCUGGGAGCCUAUUAUUCUGCCAGAAAAUGCCUAGCAAAGCAGAAACAGAGGAUGCUGGCAGAAAGAAAAGCUGCCAAGGAAGCUGGUACUGCCUGAAGCCUACCUUGAGGGCACCCCUUUACUGACCCUUGUUAUGUUGCUGAAAAUAAAGUGGUACACCCUA